AUGAGCCGCGCGGUGUUGCAGGUCUUCGAGGAGUACCAGAAGGCACGGGUCACUUUCGUGCAGACUGUCGCCGACUUGGCCACGCGCCCCCAGAACAUCGACGCGCUGCAGAAUGCGGGGGUCAUGGCUCUGCUGAGGCCCCUGCUCCUCGACAACGUCGCGUCGAUCCAGCAGUCCGCCGCCCUGGCGCUCGGGCGCCUGGCGAACUACAGCGACGAGCUUGCCGAGUCGGUGGUAACCCACGAGAUCUUGCCACAGCUCGUCUACUCGCUCUCGCAGCAGAACCGCUUCUACAAGAAGGCCGCGGCCUUUGUCCUCCGCGCGGUGUCGAAGCACUCGCCGCAGCUCUCGCAGGCCGUGGUGGACAGCGGGGCGUUGGAGGCCCUCGUCUCCUGCCUGGAGGAGUUCGACCCCUCGGUGAAGGAGGCCGCGGCCUGGGCGCUGGGCUACAUCGCGCGCCACACGAAGGAGCUCGCCCAGACCGUGGUGGAUGCCGGCGCGGUACCCCUGCUGGUCCUCUGUUUCCAGGAGCCCGAAUUGACGCUCAAGCGUAUCUCCGCCUCCGCCCUCAGCGACAUCUGCAAGCAUUCGCCCGAGCUGGCGCAGACCGUGGUCGACGCUGGCGCCGUGUCGCUGCUCGCGAGGGACAUCUCCCACAGCGACGCGCCGCUGAAGCGGCAGGUCUGCUCGUGCCUGUCGCAGAUCGCCAAGCACUCGGUCGACCUGGCGGAGGUGGUCGUGGAGGCCGAGAUCUUCCCCCGCAUCUUGCACUGCCUGAAGGACAUGGACGAGUUCGUGCGCAAGAACGCGGCGACGUGCAUCCGGGAGAUCGCGCGCCACACGCCAGACCUGGCCAAGCUCAUUGUCAACGCCGGCGGUGUGGCCGCUAUCGUCGACUACAUCACAGAGGCGCGCGGCAACAACCGCCUUCCUGGCCUUAUGACGCUGGGCUACAUCGCGGCGUUCUCGGAAACGCUCGCGCUCGCGGUCGUGGUCUCCAAGGGCAUCCCCCCCCUGAAGGACGCCCUCAUCAACGAGCCCGAGGACCACAUUAAGGCCGCAUCGGCCUGGUCGCUGGGCCAGAUCGGGCGCCACAGCCCAGACCACGCGCGCGCGCUGGCCGAGGCGGACGUCCUUCGCCGCCUGCUGGCCGUGUACCUGCACCAAGACUCGAGUGAAGACCUGCAGACGAAAGCGAAGCGCGCCCUCAAGAGCGUCGUGCAGAAGUGCACGCACCUGCCAGCGCUCGAGCCGCUGCUCGAGGCCCCCCCGAACAUCCUGAAGUACGUUGUGCAGCAGUUCGCCAAGGUCCUGCCCAACGACCUCAAUGCCCGGCGCACCUUUGUGCAGUCCGGCGGCCUACAGAAGAUCCAGGAGGUGAAGGCGGAGGUCGGCUCGAAGCUCCAUGACUACAUCGACGAGAUAAACAUGCUGUACCCCCCGGAGAUCGUCCAGUACUACUCCCCCAACUAUUCCGACACCCUCCUCAAGAAGCUCGACGAGUUCAACCCCACCGGGUGA